UAUUUCUUACAAGAUACGCCUUAAAUCAUCGAUUUCCUUGUCGGAUCAGCUUCAUUAGCCAAAAGCCAAACUCUCCGAUUGAUAAUUUGUUGAAACUGGAUCAUAUCUUGAAUUUCCCAGCCAGGUUGUGAAAUGGCGACGAGAACAGCUGCUGCUGUUGCAGCCGGCCCAGGCGCUUCUAGCUUACCCAAAUCGGGAGCUGUCUCCAAAGGCUACAACUUUGCUUCUACCUGGGAGCAGAAUGCACCUCUAACAGAACAACAACAGACAGCAAUAGUAGCACUUUCUCAUGUGUUUGCAGAGCGACCUUUUCCUGAGAAUUUGUCAGGGGAGCGUGUAUUUGGGAAGGAAAUCGGUUUGACUAUUUCAACAAAUCACAGCUCAGUGGAAGAUUCAGGGGCUAUUGAAGCAAUCCUGGUCAACACAAAUCAGUUUUAUAAAUGGUUUACAGAUCUGGAAGCAGCAAUGAAGUCAGAGACAGAAGAGAAGUAUCAGCACUAUGUGAACAAUUUAACAGAGCGCAUACAGACAUGUGAUGGUAUACUUCAGAAGGUGGAUGAAACCCUAAACUUAUUUAGUGACCUGCAAUUGCAGCACGAAGCUGUAGCAACAAAGACCAAAACACUUCAUGAUGAAUGUGAUAGACUGCUAAUGGAGAAGCAAAAACUGAUUGAAUUUGCUGAAGCACUUCGCAAUAAGCUGAACUACUUUGAUGAACUAGAGAAUGUUGCUGCCAAUUUCUAUUCUCCAAACAUGAAUGUUGCUAAUGGAAACUUUCUUCCUCUACUUAAAAGACUGGAUGAAUGCAUAUCGUACAUUGAAGCAAAUUCUCAGUACGCGGAGUCUGGUGUCUACUUAGUCAAGUUUCGACAACUCCAGUCGCGAGCUUUGGGAAUGCUACGCACUCAUGUUCUUUUUGUUCUCAGAAAUACUGCUUCUCAGGUCCAGGCAGCAAUGCGUAGUAAUAGUGUGAACAAGUCUCAUGCUUCUGAGGGUAUAGAUCCAUCCAUUAUAUAUGUCCGUUUCAAAGCAGCAGCAAAUGAGCUUAAACCAGUGCUCGAGGAAAUAGAAAGCAGAGCAUCUAGGAAAGAAUAUGUUCAGAUUCUUGCAGAGUGUCACCGAAUAUAUUGUGAACAGCGGCUUUCCUUGGUGAAAGGUAUUGUGCAGCAGAAGAUAUCAGAAUUUUCCAAAAAAGAAACUUUGCCAUCACUGACUAGAUCUGGAUGUGCAUACCUGAUGCAGGUAUGUCAGCUUGAAAAUCAACUCUUUAGUCAUUUUUUCCCAUCAUCUUCGGAGGAUGCCUCAAGUUUGUCUCCAUUAAUAAAUCCAUUGAGUACAUAUUUGUAUGAUACAUUGCGGCCAAAACUUAUCCACGAGGCAAAUCUUGACAUUCUUUGUGAACUUGUCGAAAUUCUCAAGGUUGAAGUGCUCGGUGAACAGCUGAGUAGACGAACUGAAUCACUUGCUGGGCUACGUCCUAUACUGGAUAGAAUUCUUGAAGAUGUCCAUGAGCGAUUGACAUUUCGUGCUCGCACACAUAUACGUGAUGAGAUUGCGAAUUAUCUUCCUUUAGAUGAUGAUUUGGAUUAUCCAGCAAAGCUUGAGAAAUUGUCUGAGAUAAAAUCUGGAACAACUAUGCAGAUUGAUGAUGAGAAUACUGAUGUUUUCAAAACCUGGUUCCCUCCCCUAGAAAAAACCCUAUCAUGCCUCUCAAAGUUGUAUCGUUGUCUGGAACAAACAGUUUUCACUGGUUUGGCACAGGAAGCUGUAGAAGUCUGUUCUUUAUCAAUCCAAAAAGCAAGCAAACAAGUUGCAAAAAGGUCAUCACCUAUGGAUGGGCAACUUUUCCUCAUAAAGCAUCUUCUCAUAUUAAGGGAGCAGAUUGCACCAUUUGAUAUUGAAUUUUCAGUCACAUACAAGGAACUUGACUUCUCACAUGUGCUGGAUCAUUUAAGACGGAUACUUAGAGGCCAGGCAUCACUGUUCGAUUGGUCGAGAUCAACUUCCUUGGCAAGGACCUUGUCUCCCCGAGUAUUGGAAAGUGAAAUUGAUGCAAAGAAGGAGCUGGAGAAAAGUCUUAAAUCCACAUGUGAAGAGUUUAUUUUUUCAGUCACCAAACUUGUUGUGGACCCAAUGCUUUCCUUUGUUACCAAGGUGACAGCUGUUAAAGUUGCAUUGUCGUCCUCCAACAGUUCAAAUAAGCUGGAAUCGGUAAUGACCAAGCCACUCAAGGAACAAGCUUUCGCCACACCAGAAAAAGUCGCAGAACUGGUUCAGAAGGUUGGAGUUGCUAUUCAGCAAGAGCUGCCAGGAGUCGUGGAAAAAAUGAAGCUUUACUUGCAGAAUCCUUCAACCCGUAUGAUACUCUUCAAACCCAUAAAGACUAACAUCAUUGAAGCCCAUAAUCAAGUACAAACACUCUUGAAAUCAGAGUAUUCUCCUGAAGAUAUAGAAGGCAUCAUCAACAUGGUUUUCAUCCCACAUCUGCAGGCAGAGCUGGACAAGCUCCUGUAGAAUGUGUUUUGGCACGAGUCUCGUUCUUAAAACUAAUCAAUCAAACAAAAGGAACGUACAAAGUUGGUCAAACCCUAAAUCAUGGGAUGUGAAAAGUUAAUAUGUGAAUGUUUGGUUAGUUACUAUUGAACCAAGAAAGAAGGGCACAUUUAUAUCGAUAGUAGUAUGAUAUAAUUAUAUGUAUUGGACAUAACAUACCAUUUUCUACACUUUUGAUUUUACCUUCUGUCUAUGGAAUUAUGAUUUUUUUUUUGUGUAAACUUCAUAAGUAGUAGGAACUACUAGUCUACAAUUCCUCUUUCGCUAUAUGAGUUGUUUACGAUUGAUAAUGAAAUUCCCUUCCUUUUUAUAUUCGAAAUACAGCCUAAUAAUUUGUUUCA